AUGGUUCAGGUUAUUAAGGGGAAAUACUUCAAAAAUGGAGAUGUACUUCACCAGCAUAUUGAAGCUAAAAAUGGUUCAUACACUUGGAAUGGCAUCACUAAAGGUAUGCAUAUCAUUCGAGAUAACUAUUUUAUGAAAAUUAAUAAUGGUGUCAAAACCAGAAUUUGGCUUGACAGAUGGAUACCAGGUAUGAAUGAACCUCCCUCUUCAGCCUCUGAUUUAUACAGAUUUUAUGAAUUUGUAUAUGAAUUGUUCAUUACUAACUCGAAUACAUGGAAUGUAACCCAUUUGAAUCAACUGUUUGACAAUGAAACGUCUAACAUGAUUCAAAAGCUUUACAUCAACCUGAAUAAGGAGGAUGAACUGAUCUGGAUACCAGCAAAGAAUGGGGUUUUCUUAGUAAAAAGCACAUACAAUAUGUUAACAAAAAGUCGGUACCAGGUUGAAGUUAAUGGAAAUAUAGUCAGUGCUUCGACUUGGAAGAAAUUAUGGGGUUGUAAUAUUGCUCACAGAAUAAAAUUGUUUUCCUGGAAAUGUUUAAGAAAUCUGAACUCCACCAGAAGCAAACUUGUUAUUUAUGAUGCUGAGAUUGAUACCAGAUGUGGAGUCUGUGGCAUGGGGGAAGAAACACUAGAACACUUACUGUUGGAAUGCCCUCAUGCAAGAAAAGUAUGGAGAGAAGUGAACAUUGAUAUUGACGCAGUCACGAGUAGAUUUGAUAGAGUCUCAAACUGGGUGUAUUGGUUUUCCUCAGGAAGUUAUGGAAUAGAUGAAAAAUGGUUACCUCCUGUAAAAGGAGUUUUAAAGUUUAAUAUUGAUGCUUCAUUCGAUCACAAUACUAAUGAACUUGGAACUGCUGUCGUUUUACGUGACCAUACAAGACACUGCAAAGGCAUCAGGGGGAAAUACGCAGAUGGAAUUCUAAACGCAGAAAUGGGAGAAUGCAUGGCAAUCAGAGAGGCGCUGAGUUGGGCAAAGAGAAUGCAGUACACAAGUAUUCAGGUGGAGGCUGAUGCAGAGCUUGUUAUCCAGACAAUAAAUGGAGUCUCUUUACUCAUUCCGUGGGAGAAUCGAAAUUUAAUUAAAGAGAUUAAACAAUUAUCUUUAAAUUUUACUCAUUGUUCCUUUUCUUUUACUAAACGAGAUAAUAACCAAAUAGCUGAUUACAUCUCUAGAACUGUCAGAGAAACAACUAAUGGAAUAGAAGUAGAUGGUGAGUUUUCUACAGCCAUUUGUGAUCUUCUAGCAAAAGAUCAAGAAAACAUUCUCAACUAA